AUUCCUGUGUGAUAAACUCACAAAGUCGCAAAUCAUUUCCAGUCCAACACGUGACAGCUGGAAAAAUAAAAACAGCACCUGUCGAAUGAACUUGAAUCACAGGCUUUCAGCAUAUCGGAUCCGAUACACGAGGUGAGGGUCUUUAUAUAAUCUUGGAAUAUUUUACUUCUAGAUAUGGGAAACAAAAAAUUUGGAAUACAUUCCUCACCCAUCAAGUAUGUGCAGCAGCCCCCUUUCCAAGUUGGGAGUUCCAUGGACCCUAGCUAUCAGUAUCAGAGUAUGCGGCAUUCACGAUACAUUGCUGAUAAUUUCAGCUCCCUUGAUGAGGUUAUUUCUGCAUUAAGAGAAUCUGGACUUGAGUCAUCAAACCUAAUUCUUGCUAUAGACUUCACAAAAAGCAAUGAAUGGACAGGUAGGCAUUCAUUUAACAGGAAAAGUCUGCAUGCGAUUGGUGGCACACCCAAUCCAUACGAGCAAGCGAUUUCUAUAAUUGGGCGUACGCUCUCUGCUUUUGAUGAGGACAACAUGAUACCUUGUUUUGGAUUUGGUGAUGCGUCUACACAUGAUCAGUAUGUGUUCAGUUUUUAUCCCGAUCACCGAUAUUGCCGUGGUUUCGAGGAGGCACUUGCACGAUACAGAGAGAUCAUUCCACAUCUGAAGUUGUCAGGUCCAACAUCAUUUGCUCCAGUUAUCACAGCAUCGAUUGACAUUGUGGAGAGAAGCAAUUGGCAAUAUCAUGUCCUUGUAAUCAUUGCUGAUGGGCAGGUUACCAGGAACCUUGAUGUACGGCCUGGAAAUUUUAGUCCGCAAGAACAAGCGACCAUAAAUUCUAUAGUUGCAGCUAGUCAAUUUCCUCUCUCGAUCAUUUUGGUCGGCGUGGGUGAUGGCCCAUGGGAUGCAAUGCAGCAUUUUGAUGAUAACCUUCCCCAAAGAGCAUUUGAUAACUUCCAGUUUGUAAAUUUCACAAAAAUCAUGUCCGAGAAUAAGGAUAUGUCGAAGAAGGAAACGGCAUUUGCACUUUCUGCACUCAUGGAAAUCCCAUUCCAGUACAGGGCCACCCAAACUCUCCAGUUUCAGGGAAAACGAAGAGGAAUGUUGCCGGGCCCAGGGCCCCGUCCUCCUCCACAUGAAGUGAUCGAUCAUGAUAAUGCAGGCAGCACAAUUCCACACAUGACAAACUUUGAGUCAACCUCACAUAAUACUUCCACAGAGCAGGUUUGCCCCAUUUGCUUGACGAAUCCAAAGGACAUGGCGUUCGGAUGUGGCCACUUGACUUGCAAGGACUGUGCUGCCUCAUUAUCAACAUGCCCCAUCUGCCGGAAGCCCAUAACGACGCGCUUAAGACUCUAUUCCUAGAAAUUAAAGUUUCUCAGUCAGUCACUCAAGGUAAGGCAGGUGUUGAGCCUGUGCUAGAAAGAACUUUGUUCGUGCAUGUGUACAUUUCUCAUAUUGUUGUAUAACAAAUAUGAGUUUGCUAAUCCCAUAUUGCCCAUCCAUGCCCACAUGGCACAAGGAUGCGGCUGUGAUGGGACCCAAUCUGGACCAUGUUUGGUGUGUAGAUAGGCUGCCUUGUACAAUCCUGUACCAUUAGCAAGGCCUCUAUAAAUCUGACUGCUGCUAUUUCACAAAAAAAAUGUCGCAGUCUGUAUCAAUUAAUAAAAGUGGGUAGUUGACUAUCUGCCAUCUGGAAUCAGCUGUAUGCGAAGGGGAAUUUCUGGCUUCUGUAUUGAAUUCAUAUGCAUGCAAUGGGAUUGUUGGGUUGUGUUGUGUUAGUCACCAGAUUUUCAAUGCGAUUGCUGGGUUUUGUGUUGUAUUGGUCACUGGAUUUUCAAUGCAAUGUACUGUUGAUCUCCUACCUCGUUUUUUCAAUGAGAUAGUAUAUUUCUGUUUAGGCUAA